UAAGCUAUAGUAUUAGUGCCCGAAAAAAUACAAAUGAUAAAAACUUAUCCUAUUAUCAAUGCUUCGAUGUUUUAUUUUAUGACAAAAUAAUUAAGUAUAAAUGUGUAUUCAAAAAUAUACUUAAUGAUAUUGUACUAGUUUGUUUUUAUAAAUCUUAACAGUUAGUGAUAUGUGCAUUAGGUGUAAAGUAUUGAUAGUUGUGUAUGUGAUAACCUCCAUCAGUUCCCAACCGGUCCGAUAUCUAUCAUCCUAAUGUCAUCAGCUACACUGUGCACCUGUAUCAAUAUUAUUGUAUUUCCCCCCAAUGAAUUUGUUCAAAGGUGGCACCACCACCACCGGCUACUACACGAUGCCAUGCGACUGGACUUUUUCUCAACUAUACUACCGAUUUGUAUAGUCAUGUCAUUUUUCCAUUGUUUUUUGCCGCUUGUCAAAACCACGUUAUUUUUUGCUGCAUUUUUUUUUGUACUCCGUUUUUUUUUUAUAUAGAAAACAAAACGUUGAGGUGUCAAUAAUGACGUGAGGCGCUCACUAUGGCCGGUGAUGGGUCGGUACAUCUGGAGAAUGUCCAUCAAUCAAUAACAAGUUGUUCGAUAUGUUUGAAAAAAAUGACGAAUGAUGUUUAUGCAACUGUAUGUUGUGAAAAACCAGUGCAUUUUGAAUGUUUGGAUAAAUACUUUGAUACAUAUAAAACAUGUUCAUCGUGCAAUGGUAUUCCAAUCAAAUGUUGUUCGAUAUGCCAAGUAAAUUCAACAGAUGAUUCUUUUAAAUCUAAAUGUUGUGGGAAAAGAUUUCAUUAUAAAUGUAUACAGAAGUGUUUUGAUAAAUCCAAAACUUGUCCUCAGUGCAUUCAAUAUUAUGAAAGUUGUUCGAUAUGCCAAGUAAAUUCAACAGAGGAUUCUUUUAAAUCUAAAUGUUGUGGGAAAAUAUUUCAUUAUGAAUGUAUAGAGAACUGUUUUGAUAAAUCCAAAACUUGUCGUCGUUGCAUCCAUUAUUACGAAAAAUGUGAACUAUGUGAGAAUUAUAUUAAUGACGAUGACUUUUAUAAAUUUAGUUGUUGCAAAUAUCAGGUACAUUUAAAAUGUCUUGAAGAUAUUUUUGUAUAUGUCAAAAUGUCUGGCGAGUGUCCAAUAUGUCAUACAAAUUUAAUACCAGAUGUUAAAGGUUGUGGUAAAAAUUGUGGCUGCCGAAAAACAGGACUGAAAUGUUCAAAUAAAAGUGGAAAUUGCAAAGGCCAAUUGUGUUUAAAUUCAAUAGAAAUAGAUAUUGAAUAGGAAGAAGAUUGUACUUUUAUUGAAGAUAUAUUCGAUGAAAAUUUAAAAGAGGACAAUAAAUAAGAAAAUGGAAAAUAAAUUUUAGUACUCAUAUUAAGCGUAAUGUAACUCGAAAAAUAUUUGUUUAAAUGCAAAAUUAACAUACUUAUUUUGUUUAAA